GAUGUAUCUUGAAUAUGUUGCUAGCACAGAAGGAAAUACGCUAAUGUUUACAAAAGGACAAGAUAGCUUUGGAAAUAUUUGCGGUUUAAAUAAUAAGCAACGAUUAAAACGAUAUCCAGAGUUGAAAAAGAACUCUAUGUCGGGAAUAAAUCUCGAAGGCUACAAUAAACUUUAUCAAUAUGAUUUUCAACAAACUUUUCCGUCGUAUUCAAAAAUUAAAGGAGCGAUGGUGUGCGUAAAGGAGUGCCCGCCUUCACUGUCCAGCGUUAGGAAGCACAAGAAGUUUGCUAAAAGCGGAUCUGGAUUGUGCAGAUACGACAUAAAAACUUCUGGGAUCUUUAAUGGAAAAGGAUCGAAGGAUACUUGUCCUCAAUUACCAGUUGACGCAACGUAA